AUGGGCCUCCUGUGGACCCCACUCUCUUUGUUGCUUCUCCUAUUUGGGGGACCUGCCUCUCUGAGGACUCAGGACCACUCCAACUGUCCAGAAACCAGGGAACUGGAAGCCAGCAAAGUCGUCAUCCUGCCCAGCUGUCCAGGAGCCCCAGGAAGUCCUGGAGAGAAGGGAUCUCCAGGUCCUCAAGGUCAACCUGGACCUCCAGGCAAGAUGGGUCCCAAGGGUGAGCCUGGAGAUCCAGCGAGCCUGCUCCGGUGCCAGGAAGGCCCCAGGAGCUGCCAAGAGUUGCUGAGCCGGGGUGCCACCUUAAGUGGCUGGUAUCAUGUGUGCCUACCAGAAGGCAGGGCCCUCCCAGUCUACUGUGACAUGGACACUGCAGGAGGUGGCUGGCUGGUGUUCCAGAGGCGCCAGGAUGGUUCUGUGGAUUUCUUCCGUACUUGGUCUUCCUACAAAGCAGGUUUUGGAAGCCAGGAGUCUGAGUUCUGGCUAGGGAAUGAGAAUCUGCACCAGCUCACCCUCCAGGGUACCUGGGAGCUGCGGGUAGAGCUGGAGGACUUCAAGGGCAACCGCACCUUUGCCCGCUAUUCCACCUUCCGCCUCCUCGGGGAAGCUGACCACUACCAGCUGGUGCUCGGCAACUACUUAGAAGGCACUGCAGGGGACUCUCUGAGCUUCCACAGUGGGAAGCCCUUUACCACGCAUGACGCUGACCAUGAUUCAAGUGGGGGUAACUGUGCGGUCAUUGUCCAUGGUGCCUGGUGGUAUUUCUCCUGCUACCGGUCCAAUCUCAAUGGGCGUUAUGCCAUGUCUGAGGCCACUGCCCACAAGUAUGGUAUUGACUGGGCCUCAGGCCGAGGCGUGGGCCACCCCUACCGCAGGGUUCGGAUGAUGCUUCGCUAGGGCUCCUUGGGAGACAGCACCCUUAUCUCUUCCAGACGCUCAGCCACCUCCCCUUGGCCAACUGCCUCUGCUUCCCUGUCCACAUUUUAAAAUAAAUCAUUUUAACCCUU